AUGAAUCUCAUGGUCUAUUGCUGGUCCUGGUUUGGAACCUUGCUGAUCCCACUGAUGUGUUUGAUAUUAAGAUCACAAGCCGGAGUGGUGGACGACUUCUCCCAAGUAGAUCGCUGUAAGGAUUUCCUUUAUAUGGGCACUCCACCACGAGGUUACCUCAGUACUUCCCUAAAAAAGAUCUGCCAGCGCUAUGUGGACAACCCUCGCUUUGUGACCCUCUACGACCCCAAAAAACACAUCCCCAUCUAUUCAGCAUACACCUUUAAGAAAUCAGAUGGGGAGAAACGGGUAGACAUUCCCUGGAUGUUUGAACCACAGCUGGCAACUGAGAAAGGAAGCAGUAACAUGGAACCCUUUCCACAGGCUUCCUUAAUGCACAAAAACUUUGAAGACACGCAGGCUGUGUUAGAAGACUACGCCGAUGUGGUGCAAUAUGAACGCGGCCAAAUUAACCCAGAUGAGCAUCAAGCAGACCCACUGGACAAAGCUGCCACCUACACAUUAACCAAUGUAGUUCCCCUGAUAAGGGAGUUCAAUUUUGGUCCCUGGAGCACACAGGUAGAAGUAACCCGCAAACGGCUCAACAACUAUUGUCACGGAAAGGCUUAUGUGAUCACUGGUGUGACAACAUCAGGUAAUAUGAUUCGACGUGAUAACCUAGAUCGUGUCGCCAUCCCAGAAUUCAUGUGGACAGCCUAUUGCUGCACAGAUUACGAUCACAACGCUCCCUACUCAGAGCGGUACAAGUUUCCGGCAUUCGGUGCCUACGGUCUUAAUGAUCGUGUGAACAACCACAUGGUGGAGGUUCCCAUCAAGAAUCUGGAGAAGUUUCUCAAGGGCAAAAUGGAGGUGGACAAGAACUUCCAGAUCUUUUACAGUGACUGUGUGUCAGAUGUGUAA